AUGAAUAAUAUACCAAAGAGUCAAAAGGCAGAGGAUUCCCCCCGCAGCUCACGCCUCUCAAGGCAGGUACUCAGGAAACAUCUGCCGAAAAUUGAUGCCAUGCGGGAGCAGCGCUCCCUCACGAUCGGAAGCGUUUCCCAAGCAGCUCUGGAUGAUAUCUUCAUGAACUGCCGACAGCUGGAGGUCUUGGUCCUGUGCGACAUAAUAGGUCCCGUCACCGUUUACGAUAUUCGGAACAUUGGAAACUGCAAGAUGUUGAAGGCGCUGCUGCUGCCAAUGGAGAUCAAGAAUCCGGUAGCCAUUUGCAGCCUGACGAACCUGACCCAUCUCACAUUUCAGCGGCAGGAUGUUUGGCCCGAAAUGGACUGGCUAUCCACGGUGAAGGACAUCGUGUAUGCCAAGCGGUACGAUCUCCAAGCAUUCAGCUUUGAUGGGUCUCGUCAGGUGUCUCCUGUGAACCUUCAUCAGCUCCAGCUAGCCAAAUGUACUGCUCUCACGGAUUUAAGACUGACCAACUGCAAGCUUACUGACGUGGCCGAUCCACCGUUUCCCUACUCCUGCCAAAGGAUCUGCUUUCGACAGUGCUCCAUGGUCAACCUGCACAACUUAAUAAAGAACCAUUCGCUGUUGGUCAAGCUAGAGCUGUUGGACUGCCAGGUGCUGUCGGAAGGCCCUCUCCUGGCGCCCAUUCUAAACAUAAGGCGGCUCCUGCCCGUCUUUAGUCAGCUCUUUCUCACAUUCACCAAAUCCACUAGGCUGCGAUCGGAGUGCACGAAGUGGACCCAGAAUGAUGUGAAAGCCUUCAGCAAGUGGCUGCAGAUACAGGAACUGAGUCCGCAGCAGGCAGGUAUAUGCAAACAGGCACCCGGUUCGGUGUCCAUGAAGUUUACCCGCUCCAUCAACUAUAUGCCAAAUCUCCAGCUCCCGGAGGAGAGUAUUCCAAGCGCCGCUGACAUUGUCAAGGAUCUUUAAGGGGAUUUAAAAGAGCACGGCUUGCACGAAUGUGAUAAUAAGUUUAAUUACACUAACCAAGCCUAAGUGACUUGAUUUUAGUAUUUUUUCAGUAUUUUAACAGGUUUCUCUUAUGAUGUUAAACUCUUCAAACAUAAUCACAAUCAACUUUAUAGUAAAGAAGUAUCAUUAUUAACAUAAAGAGUGCUUUAAAAUACACAUUCGAAUACAGGUUCUUACUCUUUCAGAAAUCCCCUCACAAAAGAUACUCACCAACCAAAUGACUUAAAAAUUCUUGUUCCUUCUUAGAAUGUAUAACUAAUUUAGCAGAUCAGAUUAAAUACUAAAAACAACUAAAAGA